CCUACAAACCUAUCAAAUCACUGCACCCUUUGUUGCCCAUCAUGGACGAAGACCUCCAAGACCUCCUUGCCCUGGGCAUCUUCAUGGUGGCUCUCCUGUCGAUGCCCUUUGUACUCCUCACGUCCAUCAUGACCUGCGUCGCAUACAAGCGCACCAAAGCCUGGGACAAAGCCCGCAACCAGGGCGCCAUCGCACUCGAGUCUGAGCGUCUCGUCGACGAGGAUGAAUCCGACUUCCUCGACACCGACGACGAGGACGACCACAAGAAGCGCAAGGCCGACGAGGAGGCGGACAAGACCUUGACCUUCAAGCAGAAGUUCUGGAAGGAGUUCAAGCAUACCUGGACUGGCAAGAGCCGUGAGGAUAUCGUCAAGAACAGGGAGCGCGAGGAAAGGAGGAAGCUCGCCAAGGCGGUGGCGAGGGAGAUGGACCGCAGGGAGCGAAGGCGGGCACGACAGGCUGCCCAGGGUCAGGCAAACGAUCUGCCACCCUCCUACAAGAACUAGAUGUCGGCUUCGUCUUGCUGAGCUCCAUGAAUACGGACAUCAACAGGUGUUCGUUGGGGCAUUGACAAGACGAAAGCAUUUCUCCAUAGGCUCAAUUUGAUACCCCAAUAAACUUAGUUUUCCUUUCAUUAA